AUGAAUAAAACUACUGAUGCUGCUGUGAUUGUCAUGCGACCACCAGAUAGUAAUGAUCAUCAAAAUAAUCCAAUUGAACACAGACAAGAAGUAAUGACACCUCGAAUCUAUAUUCGUACUUUUUGGAUGGAUUAUCUUGCAAUGGCUGUGUUAGGCGCUCUUGGCCUUGGAAUUUAUUUUCUUCGUCCUGCACCAAAUCGUGUUUUUCCUGUUUAUUUUAGUGAUGGUGAAAUUGUUUAUCCAGAAUUUGCUCAUCCAUUUGGUAGUGAUAUUGUACCAAUAUGGUUAGCUGCUCUUUUAGCAUUUAUUGUUCCAUUUAUAUUUAUUAUGUUAAUGCAAAUACGAGUACGAAGUUUUAAUGAUGUGAAUACAGCAACAAUGGGUUUAUUAUUUUCAUUAAUAUCGGCUGCUGUUUUUCAAGUAUUUAUUAAAUGGCUUAUUGGAGGUUUACGACCACAUUUUUAUUCCGUUUGUAAACCGAAUAUCAGUGCAUCAAGUGUUGGUACAGGAACUGGUUAUGAUGGUAUAAUGUUUGAUCGAUCCAUAUGUACAGGAGAUGAAAAAGAUAUUAAUGAUGCAUUAGAAUCAAUGCCAUCCGGUCAUUCAACAGCAGCUUUCGCUGGUCUAGUAUACUGUUCAUUAUAUCUUAAUGGUAAAUUAAAAAUUUUUGCUAAUUACCGUCCACAAUAUUGGAAAUUUGUUUUAUUUUAUGCUCCAUUACUUGGUGCUGUUCUUAUUGCUUCUUCAUUAACAAUCGAUCAUUAUCAUCAUUGGUAUGAUAUUUUAGCUGGUUCAGUUAUUGGAACAAUGUUUGCAGUUGGAGCAUACCGUUUUCAAUAUGCUAGUGUUUGGGAUUUUCGUUUUAAUCAUAUACCUUUACCAAGAGUAGAACCUGACUAUGGUUUUGAUUAUCAUCUUGAUCACUUACAAGAAUCAAUGAGUGGUUCAAGAAAAGGUGGAUGGAAGAAUGGACGUAUUCAUGGAGCACCUUUUGAUGCAACAGCAACAUUAUCUGUUUUACCUACAUCUGCACAACUGAGAGUGUAG